GUGACGGUAGUAUGUGGGACGAUAGUAUACAAGAAUCAUUGACUGAUACUUAUGUGGGCCCUACUGUACAAAGUAAAGAUACCACACUAACAACUGAAGUACCAGCAGGAACAACAGAAAAGGAUGAGGAUCAAGUUAUGUUGCUACAGGAGAAAGUUGAAAGUAUUCAAAAGCAACUGGAGGAAGAAAAGGAACUCCAUGAAAAAGAGAAAGAAUAUCAUGUACAAGCUGUAAAGGAAUAUGAAGAGAGAAUAGCAUCACUUACUGAACAACUGGAGAAAGUUACUGGAGACUUGAAACACAAGACAGAACAAUAUGAAGAAUUAAGAUCAGAUAAUGAGCUUACUCAUAAACAACUGGAGGAACAACAAAAGAAGUUAAAGGAAAAGAUACAAACAUCCUCCACUUUAAUGAAACAGAAACAAGCUGCUCUAAGAGAGAAAGAGGAACUACAAAUAAAGAUUAAAGAUCUUCAACAAAAAUUAGAACUACAGCAAGUCAAAGAUCACAAGGAAGUAUCAGAAUUACAGAGUGAAAUACAAAAGAUUAAAAAUGAAAGUGAAACAUUUCAAAAACAAAGGAAAGCAUUGAUACUGGAGAAUAAAAGAUUAAAGUCAUUAAUUAAAGAUCAUAAUGUACCAGUAGAACAGAAAGAAGAGACUGAGAUAUUACAAGAGACUCAGACUGUACAUACAUGUACUUAUAUCAGUAAAGGUUAG